AUGGAUGAUGGCUUGAUUGAUGAAGAAUGUGAUUUACAAGAAAAACAAGUGGAACAGAACGACGUUUACAUUCUUUUAAAGGUAAAAGCAGUGAAGGCAGGAAUAGUGGCUAUUAGGGGUCAUAAGACUGGACUAUACCUGGCAAUGGACAAAUAUGGAAAACUUUACAGCACUGUCAUGUUGAACGAUGAGUGUUGCUUCAUUGAGAAGAUAGAGGAGAACCACUACAACACAUACCGCUCACAGAAGUAUCAGGAGAAUGGAGACUGGUACGUGGGGAUCAAAAAGAACGGACGCAUGAAAAACGGCUCCAAAACACACAAGGGCCAAAAUGCAAUCUACUUCCUGCCGAUUCCAGUGGAUGGCAGCAUACAGUAACUCUUGUGCUGAUCAGAGGCCCUCAAAACAAC